GCUUUAGUAGUAGGAGAGUUUGAAAACUUACAGAAAGUUCAUUUUCAGUCUGUUUUUAAAUGCAGCUUAUUGUCCAGCUGCCCGGCAUGUGUGGGCUGGAGGUAUCUGUUAUUACUGGGCUGGCUGACGUGAGACUUAAGCCACUAAAUCUGAUAGAAAUAGCAAGGUACAGCAGCCCUCUAAAAGUAAGGAGGUGUGCCAAGGUUGGUUGUUAACUAAUGCAUGCGAAAUUUAAACUUUUAAAUACGCUUUGGUGCCUUGCUAAGCUUUGCUUUGUUUUCUGAUUUUUCUAAUUUUUAAUUCACUGGUUGUAAAGGCAUUUGUGUCCCAACCUGUGGGUUUCUCAAGCCCUCCUGGCUGGUAGGAUUGGGACGGAAUUGAAAAUCUGGAUCGUUUCUGAAUGUACAGAGAGAGCGGCUUCCUGCUCGUGUGCUGGCUGCAGGGGAUGUGAAUGCAUCUUCCUGUGGUAACUCCAAGCCCCCGGGGGGGUUUAAUUGAAAGGAUUAUGUUGAUGUGAACAGCGUGGUGGACUAUAAAUACAUAUUAAUGAUGAGAGAGAGUUGCAUAGAGAAGGGAAGAGCGUUUCUUAAGGCGUGAAGCCAGGGACUGAGCCUACAUCCCAGACUGCUGGAUUUGUGUUAGCUUCUUGGAGAUCUGGCCACAAAUGCCUGCCUGCUGCGUAAUGACGGCACGGGGAAGGCACUGCGAGCAUGUGAAACACGCCGGCAAGGAGAGGAGCGAGCUGCUGGGGUGUCUGCUCACGUCCUGGCCGCUGGUGAUGCCCCCUGCUCAGUCAGGGAAGAAAGCACCAAAAAGGAGAGCCCAGGCCGCAGCAGCACCUCUCAGGAGCUCCGUGCCCAUGGCCUUGGAUGUGGGAAAAUCCCUCUCCGAAGCCUCGCUGAGCCAGAAGGCCAAGUGCUAUGGAAGGUGGGACUGCACAGACGCACGGACGGACUGCCCGGAGCUGGCUGACAGCGUGCACUGGCUCUUAGAGGAUGCCAAACCUUCCCUGAAAGGGAUGGAGAGCCUGGCGAGGGCUGGACACGCUUGCUUGGCGGCUGGUGUCACCCAGAGAGGCUCGAGCUACUGCAGAGAAGCGUCUGCAGCCCCCACGGCCAGAUUGCCGAGGGUCCCUUCGUCACCCACCUCCAGAGCUGCUUGUGGGGGUGAUUCCCACCCUCACCUCAGCCACCGUUUCUUCUCCUCGGACGAGCAGCAGGUCCCUCAUCCAUGGAUGUCCCAGCAGACGAAAACGUUGGGCUGCUCGGAGCCCCCCUGCAGCGCUGCCAACGCGCAGAGCUCGGCAGAGGAGAGCAGCAUUGCGGACGUCUCUCACGACAUCUCCACCAGCCAGUGCAGCCAAAGGCCCCCGUCCCCCUUCUCCUCCACCCUGGACUCCUUGCCCCAGCCGACCCCCCUCAGCCCCAGAUCGAGCUUCUCCACCCUUUCUUUAGAAGAAAACAGCGCCUCCGAGCAGCAGGAGGUGAAGCAAGCCCCGGGCUCUCCAGCAGAAGGGAAAGCACCACGGGCACGCGAGCCCCUCGGUGCCCUGCUGGCUGAGCACGUACCUGUGGGGCGUGCGAGGAAGAUGUCGCCCUACCAGGCUGAAUACUGGGCCUGUGCCAUCCCGGACUCCUUACCCCCUUCCCCAGACCGUGGGUCUCCCCACUGGGACCCCCACCAGGAGUACGAGGACUUGCUGGAUUAUGCCUACCCGCUGAGGCCCAGGUACAAGCUUGGCAAGGCGCCGGAGCCGUUCUUCCACGAUUCAGGGAUAGAUUUGGACAGCUUCUCCCUCUCUCCCGAGGGCACGCUGACGUCCACCAGUGUCUACGGUCAAGGUUGGCAGGCUCAGGGAAACAGAGAAAAAACACGUCGGGGGUUUGGGGCCUCUGCGAGGAGGUACUCGACCCCAGUGUCUGGAAAACCAAGCUGUGUGAGAGCGAUCUCCUACUGCGAACCUUCAGCUGCUGCAAAAGCAUCUGUUGCAAAGAGCACUUCAUCUAAUGGCCCAGUGGGUCCGUCCAGAGGCUUUCUGAAGGAUUUCAGGACGGAGUUAGCGGGGCUGAGUUCCUUUGAUCACCCUGACGUGGGUGGGAGAAGCUGGUGCCAUUGGAAGGGGAGCCCCUCUUCGAAUUCCAGAGCACAGGCAAAAAGCGCGAGCAGGUUUUUACCCACAACACAAGUGCUCCCCCUGAGGAAGGAGUGGGACGGUGAUGAAGAAUUUCUUGCCCUGCCUCCUCGGCUGAGGGAGCUGGAGAGGUUGUCUCAGAUCUUGUCCGAUCUUUCCUUAACUAAAAGGACGUCCAGGCAAGGCCCCCAAACCCCUCCGCCGUACAGCGACAGCAAGCCCGAGCGGUCUCCGUUCAGAGCAGCGGGCAGCAGACACCAAAGAGAGAGCACCCAAGGCUUUCUUGGGCUGUGUCAUCCCUACAGCUCCCAAAAGCCCGGCUGGGAAGGCACUGGAUCGUGUAGCCGGGCUGAUAGGGAUCCUCUGAGCAGGCUUCACCUCCCUGCAGGCAUCGGGGGAGCGUUGGACGGGACGUGCCCCAGCGAGCUGGGUGCCAAGGGGAGCCCUAAGGAGAAGGGCCAGCAGGGCGAGUCCCUGGCCCAGUGCAUUAAGAUGUUCUGCUGCCAGCUGGAGGAGCUCAUCUGCUGGCUGUACGACGUGGCAGAGCUCACGGACAGCUGGGUGCCGCCGACACCGGACGCUGCGAGCGUGAAGGCAGCGCUGCGCCGCUACUUGGAGUUCAGGAGGGACGUGGCCGACCACCGCAGCCUGACGGAGAGCGUGCUGCAGCGGGGAGAAGCUCUCCUCGAGUGCAUGGCAUCAAAUUCACCAGCUUUAAAAGAAACGCUGGGCUUGAUCGCGAAGCAGUCGGAGGAGCUGGAGAGCCACGCGGAGCGCCUGUACAAGUCGGUUCUGGCUGCUGUGGAUCCCGGGCAGGGGCAGGACAGGGAGCAGGGUGACAGCACGCGGCAGGCAGCAGCUCAGUGGGUGCUGCCUCCAUCAGGCCUGGGCUUUGUCGGCUGCUCUCAGGACGGCUGAGCAGAAGCACAGCACACAACAAACUGCUCCGUCCACCUCCUGCAGAGCUGCCAAAACGCGUUGAAUCACCGCGUCUGCAGUGAGCCAGCCCGGGCUGAUCUCAACUUGUUUUUUACUGUGGAUUGAGCCAGGCAAGCAGUGCAGUUACUUGGCUACUUGUAUUCCUAUUUAAUAUUGCUGACUAAGUUGGGGGGGUUUCUGAGUGAGGAAUGUACAGCUGGUUCUUUUCUCCUUUUUUUUUUUUUUUUUUUAUGUAGCGUUCCCUUUCACUGAAGUGGCCUGUUCCAUGCCUUAGCAAAAUGUCAGGCACACACUUUUUUUUUUUAAUCUGAGUAAUCCGUAGUGUGCAGUGCAACUCCUAAGUAAAGCUGUGUGAUUUUAAUAGAA